AUGGCCCCAUGGAGCCGAGAGGCGGUGCUCAGUCUGUACCGGGCCCUGCUGCGCCAGGGUCGAGAGCUUCGCUACACUGAUCGAGACUUCUAUCUUGCCUCCAUCCGCCGUGAGUUCCGGAAAAACAAGAAGCUAGAGGAUCCUGAGGCCCGGGAGAGGCAGCUGGAAAAGGGCCUGGUCUUCCUCCACAGCAAAUUGGGGGGGAUUAUUUAG